UUAGGCUAUUGAUCUAAUACCUAAACACUGCCUUUUGUGGUAUUAAUAUUUCUUGCUACCUCUGGGAUAUAUAAGUAGGGAUGCAAGUUGUUGAUAUUACAAUCAAAAUUUGCAAUUAGCAAUAACAGAAUUGAGAAACAGUUGCCCCACACAAGAAACAUAGCAGUCAUGGGAGAAGAAAUGAAGAACACAAACAAUUCAGAAUGCCCGAGUGAUCUUUACGACAAGUUCUGUGCGUCAAACUCUUGCACAGAAAUUCUUGAGUUGUUUGACAGAAUGUGUGAGUCACUUAGUAUCGCACCUCCAAGAAUAGGUGGCGCUGAUCAUCAUGGGUUUUAUCACCGAUUUAAAUCGCUUCUUAGGACAACUAAAUCGAUGUCUUUAUGGACAAAGUUGGAUAAACGUGCGAGUGAGUCUGUGUAUGCUGACGGAAAUGCUUGUUCAAAGAACAAGGUAUUGAUAAUAGGUGCAGGACCAUGUGGUUUGCGUAUGGCGAUAGAAUGUGCCUUUCUUGGUGCCAAGGUAGUGCUAGUGGAGAAGCGACCACAAGCUACGCGUAACAAUGUACUCCAUCUCUGGACGUAUGUACCAUAUGACCUGAAAGCUUUAGGUGCAAAGGAAUUCUAUCCACGAUUUUGCACAGGGGGCAUCGAUCAUAUUAGCAUCAGGCAGCUACAAAGCAUAUUACUGAAGACAGCUCUUCUUCUUGGAGUAGAGGUUCAUAUUAAUACCACCUUUAAUGAUAUCAUAGAACCCACGGAUGAUGCACAUCAUGGGUUUAGAGCUGAUAUCUCUCCAGUAGAUAGCCCUGUGUCUCAGUUUGACUUUGAUGUUCUCAUUGGAGCAGAUGGCAAAAGAAAUACACUUAAAGGAUUCAAGAGAAAGGGAGCAAGGGGUAAACUUGCUAUAGCCAUCACCUGUAACUUUCUCAACAAGAGAACCACUCGGGAGAGCCUGGUACAAGAAAAGGGAGGCUUUAACUAUCUAUACAGUCUACAAAUGUUCAAAGACUUAAACGAUAAGACAGGAAUAUACCUAGAGAAUUUUGUGUACUACAAAGCAGACACACACUACUUUGUGAUGACUGCCCACAAGAAAAGUUUAUUAAAGAAAGGUGUUUUGAAAGAGGAACAUGCAGACACAUCCAAGCUCCUUGGCAGGGAUAAUGUUGUGUAUGAAUACCUAGUCUCUUAUGCAAAAGAAGCUGCAAAUGAGAUGACAGAAUAUAAAAUUCCCGAUUUGGAAUUUGCCUUGAAUCAUUAUGGUAGAGAGGAUGUGGCCAUGUUUGAUUUCACAUCAUUCUUCACUGCUGAACAUUCUUCACGCGUGAUUGAGCGACAUGGUCAUAAACUCUUGGUUGGCAUUGUGGGAGAUAGUCUACAGGAGCCAUUUUGGCCUUCAGGGUCCGGGUGUGCUAAGGGUAUCCUUGGGGUACUAGAUGCAGCAUACAUGGUUAAACAAUGGGGAGAUGGGGUAGAUCCCCUUCAGAUCUUAGCCACAAAGGAGAGUGUUUUUAGGAUGUUCUUGAGUGCAUGGACCAGCCAUUCCCUCUUCAGCAAACCCCAGGAAUUUACCAUUGACCCAAAAACUAGGUACAAGAAUUGUGAAACAGAUUUUCUGAAACCAAAAGAUGUUAAGUAUCUGUAUGAUGAUGGAACUGGAGUUAAAUACACUGAUGUGGACACGAGAAAUACAGUGAAGAAAAACACUGCUUAUAAACCAGAAGAUGAUGAGACUGAUAACGAAAAGGAUGAUGCGCCUGUGGAUACUCAAAAACAUAGUCAUAAUAUUAAAUCUAACAAUGGAUUUGCAAGUGAGGCAGGUUCACUGGGAACAUCAGUGGCAGACAAUAGUAACCUAGGGAAUACAGGGGAUAGGAGAAUAAUGGAAAAACACGCAAAUUGUAUCGCUUCUGAAGAAUGCAUAGGAAAUAUGACUAAUGAAAAUAUUGAUAAAGACUUGUCUAUUGGAGAUGAUGAUCUGUUUGCCAAAAAUAGUGUUGGAAGUGAAAAUGAGUCCAUUGAUGAGGUUAAGAAAUCCGCAUCUCUCGAAAGAUCUACUUUUAUUGUGGAUAAAACUGUAUCCUUGGAUAAGACAACACCCAUAGAUAGUAAUAAACCUAGUGAAAUGAAAGAGGAAUGCAACGAGUUGGUGCUUUGCAGACGACCAUCAGUCAAGAAACUCACUGAAAAUUGGGUCAGUUUGAUGGAAGAAAAUGCACAUCCUCAAGACUCAAAGACAGUGGCCCCAAUACCUACUAAAACUACAAUAGCAGAGAAAGCUCAACACAAAGAUGAUAAAUUCUUGGCUGAACUUCAUGACUCAAAGACCAUGGCCCCAAUACCUACUAAAACUACAAAUACAGAGAAAGCCCAACACAAAGAUGAUAAAUUCUUGGCUGAACUUCAUGACUCAAAGACCAUGGCCCCAAUACCUACUAAAACUACAAAUACAGAGAAAGCCCAACACAAAGAUGAUAAAUUCUUGGCUGAACUUCAUGACUCAAAGACCAUGGCCCCUAUACCUACUAAAACUACAAAUACAGAGAAAGCCCAACACAAAGAUGAUAAAUUCUUGGCUGAACUUCAUGAAGAACCAAAGACCAUGGCCCCAAUACCUACUAAAACUACAAAUACAGAGAAAGCCCAACACAAAGAUGAUAAAUUCUUGGCUGAACUUCAUGAAGAACCAAAGACCAUGGCCCCAAUACCUACUAAAACUACAAAUACAGAGAAAGCCCAACACAAAGAUGAUAAAUUCUUGGCUGAACUUCAUGAAGAACCAAAGACCAUGGCCCCAAUACCUACUAAAACUACAAAUACAGAGAAAGCCCAACACAAAGAUGAUAAAUUCUUUGCUGAACUUCAUGAAGAACCAAAGACCAUGGCCCCAAUACCUACUAAAACUACAAAUACAGAGAAAGCCCAACACAAAGAUGAUAAAUUCUUGGCUGAACUUCAUGACUCAAAGGCCAUGGCCCCAAUACCUACUAAAACUACAAUAGCAGAGAAAGCUCAACACAAAGAUGAUGAAUUCUUGGCUGAACUUUAUGAAGAGUCGAAGACCAUGGCCCCAAUGCCUACUAAAACUACAAUUGCAGAGAAAGGUCAACACAAAGAUUAUAACUUCUUGGCUAAACCUAGUGAAGAGUCAAAGACCAUGGCCCCAAUAUCUACUAAAACUACAAAUGCAGAGAAAGCUAAAAACAAAGAUGUUAAAUUCUCGGCUGACCUUAAUGAAGAAUCCAAGACCAUGGCCCCAGUACCAACUAAAGCUACCAUUGCAGAGCGAGCUAGACGCAAAGAUGUUAAAUUUUCAGCUGAAUUUCAUGGUGUGCAGAAGACAUAUACAAGCUCUAGUACAAUGGUACUGACAUCAGUUAUGAUGUAAUGCUCUAACAUCAACGUUUAAAGACUUAUUUAACGAUAUGAACCAAGUUAAAUCAUCUGCCCAGAGAAAUUUAAUGAUUAAAAUGGACAAGUUGCAGUGUUUUUCAAUGUUCAAAUGUUGAAACUGAAGACUUGAGACAGUUCAUUACAAAAGUGAAAUGAUGAUGCCACAAAGAUCUUUAUUUCAGCCAAAACAAAUAUAUUUCAAA